AUGUGGCGCAGAUUCUCUCUGUUGGUUUUCUGGUGCGCUGUGAGCGGACUUGAUGCUCUGGAGGCGGACAGGACCGCGGCUCCAGCGCUGCAGAAGAUGCUGCUGACGGAGGCAGCAGAGAUGGAGAAACCGGGAAAGGACUCUCCUCCUACGGCUAAGCUGGAGGAGAGUGUGCGGGGAACGGGGCAGCAGUCCCCGGAGAGAGGUGCUUCUGUCGGUGCGGAGGGGAAAGUUAAGCAACGACCCACCACCGAGCCUCUGCAGGAUGAACUGGACAACCAGGAGAACAUCAUGAGCCAGUUGCUGGGAGAUUAUGACAAAGUAAAGACUGUGUCAUCAGGGUCAGACUGUGUUUGUCGCUGCAUUGUUCGCCCAAUCAAACGCUCUGACUGCAGCCGCAUCCUCAAUGGCGACCCGGCGGCGCCUUCUCAAGAUUUCUACACUGUGGAGACGGUUACCAAGGGAACGGACUGCAAGAAGUGUGUGUGCAUGGCUCCGCCUUCAGCUGUCAACCCCUGCGAGGGAGAUUACAGGUUUAAAAAACUACAGGAGGCAAGCAAGGAUGACAUUAAGCUGUCAACUAUCAUUGACUUGUUGGAGGGCUCUCUGUAUGGGAUGGACUUGUUAAAGCUCCAGUCUGUUACUGACAAGCUGCUGUCCAGGGUGGACAACAUGGAGAAGGCUUUUGCCCGUAAUUCUACAGAGAGAGUGAGAGACAAAGAACGUGUGAAAGAGAGAGCCAAAGAGAAAGAGAGAGAGAAGAAGGCUCAGCAGCAGAAAAAAAAGAAAACAAGUGAUUUGGAGCGUUCUGGACCGAAAAGUGGAGCACCUGCCUACGCCAACAAGCAGAAGACUUACGAUGAGCUUUACGUUGGAAGUCAACUAAAGAGGAACCAACUGCAAGAUGGUGUGGAGCAACAACAGCAAGCCAGAAACAAGACGAGCACACAAAAGAACAGCAUGGUCAUCAGAGGCGUGACUUUUUACAAGGCAGAGGAGGGGAGCUACAAGGAGGAGGAAGAGGAGGAGAGAGGAAGAGGAAAGAAUACGAGUGCUUCAGUGGACUUGCUGAUCUUGGACGAGCUCCCACCUAUCAGGAUUAUCACCACCCGUAGUCCAAGACCUUCAAUGACCGUUCCCACCAAACAGGACACCAAGGAUCUUCCCAGGAUAACCAGUGUGCCCGCAUCCACCCAGCAACCGACAACUUUCCCGACUACCAUCCAGCAAACCACACCUACGACCAAACCAGCUCCCACCACCAUGAAAACAACGAUUCGGCCAACUACUAGCAUACCACCAACAACUACCACGCCACCAACGACUACGACGCCACCAACGACUACGACACCACCAACGACUACGACGCCAACGACAACCAAACUGACAACUACUACCCAACAAACUACCACCACUCCAACAACUACAACUACUACUACAACUACAACUACAACUACUACUACAACUACACAGCCACCCAGGCCUGUCACUCAGCAUAAAAGCUCACCAUCAGAUACCAAUAUCAGUCCACCUGUUAAUGUGUCUCCAACGGCAACGUCUCAGCAAGGAUCCAAAACUCGACUCACCUGGACAGAGAGUCCCGCUGACCAACCAAAGACCACAAAAAAGCCUGCCGUGUGUAAGGACACAGUAGCCAGCAUCUCAGAACCCAUCCAGCAGAACUCUUACGGCCUCAGUGACGGAGCCUGGAUGAGGGAUCCUCGCGGCCACGGCAACGUCAUCUACCUUACCAAUGGUCACUAUGGCAACAACCUCCAAGAGUUCAAAGACAUGGACACCUUCAAAUUAGGUCAGGUCAGUAAUUCCUACAAGCUGCCAUACAGCUACACUGGAACAGGCCACGUUGUGUAUAACGGAGCUUUCUACUACAACCGCGCCUUCAGCAGGGACGUGAUCAGAUAUGACCUGAGACUGAGAUACGUAGCUGCCUGGACCACUCUGCAUGAUGCUAUACUGGAGGAGCAAGCUCACAGGACACAGACUGAAGUGGAGUUAGCUGUGGAUGAGUCGGGCCUGUGGCUGCUCUACCCCGCUCUGGACACAGAAGGCUUCCACCAGGAGGUAAUGCUGCUGACCCACCUCCGCUCCAGAGACCUGCAGCCAAUACGGAGCUUCCGCACGGGUCUUCGGCACGGUCGCUACGGCAACAGCUUCCUGGUUUGCGGCGUGCUUUACGCCGUGGACAGUAUAGAGCGUCACUAUGCCAACGUGACGUACGCCUUUGACACACACACACUCACGCACACCGUGCCCACCCUGGCCUUCACGAACACUCACAUGCACACCUCACAGCUGACGUACUGCCCACUGGACAAGAAGCUGUACGCGUGGGACAACGGACAUCAGAUGAUGUAUGAUGUCAUCUUUGCUUAUUAGCAGAAUGGAUGG